UCAUGAAAGUCUGGGAGUCCAAGGCUGUUCAGGCUGAGAUGGGCGCCUCCGCCAUCUUUGACGGCAACAAGCUCGCUUGGUCGUCCAAGCCAAUUGAUCGUGAGGUCCGUCUGACUGUCGACCUCGACGCUGAGCAGGGUCGUGAAACUCGCGAAGGUCAAGAAGAGAAGAACAAGUUUCGAGUUCGAAUCCGUCAGACCAACAAGGUCGGAUUCACGGCGCUUCUUCAUUAUCUGCAAGGCAAGGCGUCCUUCAACAGUUCUUGCCUCGAGGCUAUCAACUUUGCCGACCAUUUGCUGCGACAAACUCCGUCCAAGAAGUACUCGUCCAUCAAGCGUGCCUUCUUCCCACACGGUGGCACUCGCUUCGUUCUUGGUGGUGGCGUUGAAGCCUUCAAGGGUGUUUACCAGUCUCUUCGGCUUGUUCAUCCAGGCCAUCUGUCUAUCAACGCCGACGUUGCCAAUGGUACUUUCUGGCAGGCCACCAGGUUCACCCUCGCCGCCAAUUUGGUGUGUGGUGGCCGCGACAUCUCAGACCUAGCCUCUAGGCUUAGCGAAGGUGGCCCGUCCAGCAUCGUGGGCAAAAAUCUAAAGAGAAUGGCCAAGAUUCGUGUCACGGCUGAACACCGCGGCAAGGACACGGUCGAUAAGUAUUGCAUCGACAAGUUCAUCUAUACGAACGCCAAGAAUCAGAUGAUCGAUUGUGCAGAUGCUGCUGGCAAGCCAACGAAGAUGAGCCUGUAUGCAUACUUUGCCACGAAGUAUAAUAUCAUGCUUCAGUGGCCAUCCCUGCCUUUGGUCAAGAUGACUAAGGGCAAAAACACCAUUCUGCCCAUGGAGGUUUUGAGGAUUGUGGAGAACCAGCGGUACAACUACAAGAUGGAUGAGAGGCAGACGUCCAACAUGAUCAAGUUUGCAGUCACUGCUCCGCCAGAGCGCUAUCGCCACAUUCAGGAGGGCAUCGACUUGCUCAACUGGGCCGAAGAUCCUGUCCUCAAGGAGUAUGGUGUCAAGAUAAACGCGACCAAGGCUACCGCCGAGGGUCGUGUAUUGCCAGCACCUAUCGUCAAGUUCGGCCUUGGUGAGGCUAAGCCAGGUACUAGCGGUCGUUGGGAUCUCAAGGGCAAGAAGUUCUUCCAGCCCAAUACGACACCUCUCAAGACCUGGGCUAUCUGCUGUAUCCCUGGUCGUCGUGGUGGUAAGCCGGACAAGACCGUGAUCGAAGCAUUCAUCAAGGCCUUCAUUGCCGGUUACAUUGCUCACGGAGGCAAGGUUGAGAACAAGGCGCCAUCAAUGGUCCUUGCUUCUGGCACCGACGUCGGUGAAUGGGUUACUGCUGCUUGGAAUGGAGCCGGAAAUCAGACGACCUCUCGCCCACAAAUGCUGAUGUUCGUCCUUCCGGACAAGGACACCAAAGUCUACGGCCGCAUUAAGCGCUCUGCUGAGUGCCGCUACGGCGUUGUGUCGCAGUGUGUCCAGUAUGCUCACGCUCAGAAGAUGUCACCCCAGUACAUCUCUAAUGUCUGCAUGAAGUUCAACUGCAAGCUCGGCGGCAUUACCUGCCGUGCUAUCGGCCCCAAGACUCCCAAUGGUAUCUUUACGAAGCCAACAAUGGUUAUCGGCGCGGACAUCUCUCACGGCGCGCCGGGCGCCCAUGUUCCUUCCAUCGCUGCCUUGACUGUGUCGAUGGACAAGCUGGCUACUCGAUAUGCUGCGGUUGUUCAAACAAACGGCUACCGCAAUGAGAUGGUCAAGACUGAGACAAUUAUGCAUGAUCUGAAGCUAUUGGUCCAUCACUGGAUCCAGACCGUCGGUGGUAACAAGAUGCCUCACGAAGUGAUAUACCUGCGUGACGGUGUGUCUGAAGGUCAAUACGCGCACGUGAUGGAUCACGAGGUUGGGGAUAUCAAGAACAUGUUUAGGGCUGCUGACCCAUCUGCCAAAAUCAAGUUUGUCGUUGUGGUCGGCUCCAAGCGUCAUCAUGUUCGUUUCUUCCCAGAGAAGGGCGACCGCAACGGCAACCCAUUCCCCGGUACAUUGGUCGAGACGACAGUCACGAACCCUUUUGAGAACGACUUCUACCUCUGUUCUCACGCUGCCAUCAAGGGUACAGCUCGUCCCUGCCAUUACUACGUUUUGGCCAAUGAGGCGGACAUGAGUAACAAUCAGCUUCACACACUGCUCUACGAGCACGCCUAUCAGUAUCAGCGGGCUUCCACCCCAAUCUCGCAGCACCCGGCCAUCUACUACGCUCAUUUGGCUGCCGCUCGUGCAGCCCCUCACGAUCCCAUUUGGGAUGGCAGCACGGACGGUCGAACCCCCGCCGAGAAGAAGAUGCAGGCACGAAUUAACGCUGGCUCUGAGGCUGACAAGAAAUCUGCCACUCGCGGCUCUGCUGCCGGCACUCCUACUUUGCCCACUCCAGAAGAGGCCGAAAAGCUCCUGCCAAUGCCACCCCAGGGCAAUAUCGCCUUCUCCAUGUGGUACAUCUAGAGGACCCAAUAAACCAAGUCCUUCAUCAAGGCGACGACGGUUACGAUCACGGACACGAGGGCUCAAAAGUGGCUCGAUGGGGGGUUGUUUUGGAGUGUGAAAGGCUGAGUGUUUGGUUGAUGCGAUAGGGGCGCAAAGGUCUCCGGUGCGAUGGGCUUGUAUGAAUACGAUGAAGAGUGGUGCAAGAAGGGCUGGCAUCCCAUUGUAAUUAGAGACACUUGAGAAUGGAAAAGUUUGUUAUGUACUUGCUUGAAA